AUAUAUAAUUGUUUUGGUAAUUUACCAAAUUAUUAAUUGUACUUUCCUAUUUUUUCAUCGAUAUUUACCUUUAUAAGUAUUUCUUCUAUCGUUGUUCCUUCCUCGUCUUCACUCGCUCUAAGAUCUCUCCCUCCCAGAAGAGAAAAAAACCCUAACUCAUCUGACCGGAGAAUGACAACGACGCCUUCCACUUCCUCGUCAACAACAAUGUCUUCCAAGGCCAAACAAGUCGGCCUAUCAAAGAAAGCACCAAAGCCUAUUGCCGAAUCAAACCUAAUCGUUCCUUACCAAGACUUGGAACUGCCUAAUGCUUCAUCAUACUUCGAGGCAGAGUCAGAUUUGGGAGAAUAUGAUGAUGAUGAUGAUGAUGAUGAUGAUGAUGAUGAUGAUGAUGAUAGUAACUUGGUGGAUCCACAGCUUUGUGGUGCCUUUGAUUGCGAUAUCUACUACGAGCAUCUGCGUUCAUCCGAGGAAAAGAAAAGGCCUGCUACCGAUUACAUGGAGAGAGUUCAACCAAACAUCAACGCCACCAUGCGUACCAUCCUGGUCGACUGGCUAGUGGAGGUUACCGAAGAGUUUAGCCUUUCGCCAGAGACUUUGCACCUGGCAGUGAACUGUUUAGACCGGUAUCUUUCCGGGAACGUGAUCACCAAUCUAAACCUUCAGCUGCUUGGCGUUACGUGCAUGAUGAUCUCAACAAAAUAUCACGAAAGAGGAGUGCGUGUGCCUCGUAAGGUGAAGACUUUUCGUUACAUCACUGAUAACACGUACUCGAGAGACGAGCUUCUGGAGAUGGAGUCUUGUGUUCUGAGUUACUUGAAGUUCGAGUUAACAACUCCGACAGCAAACUGUUUUCUAGGGCUCUUUGUCCGUGCUGCUGCUCAAGGCGAUAGAGAGGAGGAGGUCUCACUCCCAUCACAUCUCUUGAUUGAGACACUAGCGAGCUAUCUCUGCGAAUUGUCUCUAUUGGAUUACGCUAUGCUUCGCUACGCUCCAUCGCUCGUGGCAGCCUCUGCUGUUUUCUUGGCGCAAUACGUAUUACACCCUUCGAGAAAGCCAUGGAGCGAUGCGUUGGAGCGUUACACACGGUAUAGGGCUAAACAUUUGGAGGCAUGCGUUAAAAAUCUUAUUCAGCUAUGUCCUGAGAUUCCCGAUGGUGUUGUAGUCAGAGAGAAGUACAGUCUAGACAAAUACGGGUUUGCAGCAAAGCAGUUUUACCCCACCUCACUGCCACAAGAGCUCUUCCUCUGAUUGGGUCUCUUGGUGCUUCCUUUUUUAUUUUAUUUUUUUCCUUGUCUUGUUGAUAGAAACUCAUUGGGUCAGCGUCAGACCAAUAUGUAUUCAGUUCGAUUGAUGUGUAGGACCAAUGUAAUGAACAUUAAACAAUUAAUGAAAAAAAAAUAAU